AUGCCGCGUCUCCACGCAACACAGCCUCAUCAUACCCUCUUCAUAUUUACCAACUUUUUAACAGCCGCCCCAUUCAACCCGCUACAUCUUUUCAUCCCGAAAAGUCGUUCUCCUUCUGCCUCCGAUGCUUGCCCCCGGUCUCAGGUCCUCCGCACCCUCGUCCUGAAGAUCUGGACGACAGGAUGCGGCUGCGGCGUCGCUGCCGUCUCUGCCGCCCAUUUUGAGGCUCCCCACUUUGCGGUCACGCCCAUUCUGCCAGGCUUGAAGGCACGAAGUCUCUUUGAGCUGACAACCCGUCGCCUGCCCAACCGCAUGCAUUUCCGUUUCCUGUCCUGUCGCCUUCGUUUGCUCCAGCCGCACUGCCUUUCUCGGCUGAGUCCUCUCUUGUCCCAUCUGCCCACUCGUCCACUCGUCCACUCAUACACUCGUCCACUCUUGGCUCACCCGUCCAGGGUUGUGUGGAAAUUGCCACUAUUCACUGAUGGCCUGUCCUCGGCCGGAGAUGUGGAGGAGUACGGCUCUUUCUUAUUCUGCGACUGCCCCGAAGUGGCUGACCACCAACUGCUGGAUCAAAAAAAGAACCUUCAGUCAUGA